GUCGGCUAUAGUGCAUGUCUUUAAUGCCAUCCGGCCCAGAUAUGCCUAUUGGCAUUGGCGCCCUGAAGGACAGCCAUCGUUGCAAAACCCAUUAUCAUGAAAGGCACGAAAGCAAUCACUUUGGGUCUAAAGCCGACUAAGGCAUGCGCCAACUGCCGCAGGUUAAAGAUGAAAUGUGAGGUGGAUGGGAAUCCCCCGUGUCGUCGGUGUCGACACACCAAGGCUACCUGUGUCUUCAGACCAAGAACGAAUGCAGCAGCAGCAAUCCACGAUGUGGUGGGACUGCAGGAUACACUGAACAGGGUUCAGGAUCUUGAUGCCAUCCUCGGCCGUUUGGACAGGAUUGAGAAUGCUCUGGGUAUCGGCAGAGAAAGCAUCUCUGUGACAGCAGCAAGCCCGGAUUCAGGUCAGGAUGGGGAAUCAGAGAACAUGUCUCUCCGUCCUCUGUUGAAAGCUGUUAAGCAUCUCAGAAAGAUAACGCGGCCUGUCCAAGACGAAGCCAUUUGGUCACGUCCGGUAAUCAAACACCUGUGGUACUCCUUUCUCAACAACCUACCGCUUUUGCACUUUUUGAAGGACCAGAGUGCAUUUGCAUCACCAUCACCACUUCUGCUUGCAUCAGUCCUAUUCAUAUCUGCUCUUCAUGGGCCAUCUAGGGAUCUCUCAGAGUUUACGAAAGGUUACUUUGUCGCUCAGUGCUGCGCAAUCACUGAGCUUGUCAAUCCAGAUCCAUUGCUCUUUCUAGGUAACGGGUCUGGAGACAUAUCAGGGGAACCUGAUGAGAACCUGCAUACGGACGAAUCAAUGAUUUUUCAUAACAUCCUUGGCCUUAUUAUGGCUAGCUUGAGCUCAGAAGCUUAUGUCCCAGCCACUGGCACUUGGAUAGCCAUCGCUUAUCGCCUCUUGCUCGACCACACCCCGCACGAUGUACAUGACACAGCUCUAAACUGGGCUGGCUUGUUCUCAGGCCUCCAGGUCAUCGACAUCGAACACGCUUCCAUGCACAUGUGUUGUCCUCUCCUACCGGAGCAGCCACCCAUAUCCUCUCUCGCUCAAUUCAAUGCUCGUGAGGAAAACGCGUUUCAUAGCUUAAUUAAAAUGAUGCAUCACGGACUCAGCCAUUUUGUCGGAAGGGGACUUCCCACCAUAUGGUCUUUCGUAAGCGCAAGAGAACGUGAAGUCCUAUCCCCCGUUCGAAUGCCCUUCACCGCUAAAGACGCACAGGUCAUUCGACUCUGGGCCCGAAAGCUAGAUGACUGGUUGGUUCGAUACAAUGUAGCAUCUCAACCCUCCGCAUCCGAUCGCCAGGGCAUACUCAUCCUCCUACAGUACCAUCUUCACAAACUAUACGUUCUAUCAAUCUAUCAUCCAGCUCGAGGAUUUGAUCUCGGGUCAACGGAUAUUGCGCCCCCUGAAAGACUUGAACUACUGGUCUCAGCCCGUGCAGUUCUACGACUUCGUCUAGACGACCCUAGUAUAUGGUCCAACUGGGAUCUAAUAAUGGUAACCUUCGCCGCCAUGCUACUACUACGAGGAAUCGAGGACGGAAUGUCCCACCAAGAUGACCUCCCCCUCAUCGAAAAACACAUCGACGGCCUGAAAAGGGACCACCCAUCCAUACCAAGUAUCUAUAACACGCUGGCAGAUCGACUAGAAUCGGGUCUCCAAAGCAUGCAUACACCGCCCGAGAUUGGAUCUGGCUUGGCAUUUACUGCGCCGGGUGCAGACUAUUCUUGGGCCAUUUUUGAUCAAGAGAUUCUGUCGCUUGCGAAUCCGCCGUGGCUUUUCGAGGGGUAUCCUGUUGGGGAGGUGCACAAGCCGGAUGAUCAUCAAAGUGGGUUGUCAGGACAGUAUGAUUAUGCUUUGGCGCAGGGAGGGCCAGAUACGUUGGCUGGCAGUAGUAGUGCUGUGCAGAGGGGGUAUCGAAUGGGAUGAUUUUCGCUGUAUGUCAACUUCAGUAUCAGUAUGAGAACGAAAGGUACAAUUGGUACCGGGGUAAUGCACAGUACGCAGGCUUUAGAGGACGG